AUGGCGGCCCUGGCUCCCAAUCCCACUGCCGCGGCGGCGUCCACGUCGCAACCCAGCGACGCGUCCACCCCCUACGUCUCCAAAUGGUCCUCUCGCUACCGCGGCGCCACCGUAGAAGACAUCGACCCCCCCGCCGCCCUCUCCCUCACCCCGACCGACCCCAUCUCCCACGCCCUCAUGUCGGCCUUUGAGCGCGACUACACCCAUUUGACCGUCGUCGAUGCCCACCGCGCCCUCGUCGGCUACCUCGCCAUCCCGCACCUCCAAGCCCUGCUCGACGCCGGCAAGGUCUCGCCCUCGGACCCGCUUUCCAAGGCCAUGGUCCGGUUCCAGCGCAAGGGGCGCAAGUACCGCGUCAUCACCAUGCAGACCCCGCUGGAGGAGCUCGAAGCAUUUUUCGAAGGCGACGGCGUUGAGGGCCGGAAGAGCCAUUUCGCCGUCAUCACGGACGAAAAGAGGAGGUUCGUGCUGGGCGUCGCGACGGUGCAGGAUCUGGAGGAGUUCGUCAAGAGGAGACCGGCAUGA